UGUGAGAGGGACAUGGCAACUUUGCUUACGUGGAAUUUUCAGCUGAGAGAGAAACACAUAUGGCUUUACAAGCUCCAUUACAUUUUGGAAGAUCCUAGUGAAGGAGCAGAUCAGUCUCUGUGUCUCUGCUGAGUCACUGCAAGCUGGAAGGAGCACUUGGCUAGCGGAGCAGACGACAGCAGAGCACCAUGACCUACCGGCUGUUUGAGGAGAAACACCAUGCCUCCAUCUACCAGAGGUACCGCUUUGUACCCCCAGAGGAGAUCAGAGACAUCAUCCUGCAUUACCUGGAAAGGAAGAAAGUCCAGCCUCAUGCCCUAGCUGUGGACCUGGGCUGUGGGACGGGGCAGAACUCACGCCUGCUGGCCCCACACUUCCAGGAAGUUGUGGGCAUCGACAUCAGCGAGUGCCAACUGGAGGAGGCCAGGGCAGUGGCAGGGUUCAACAACAUCACCUACAGGAAAGGGACAGCUGAGGAGCUGCCGUUUCCGGAUGCUUCUGUGGACCUACUGACUGCAGCCUCAGCGGCCCAUUGGUUUGACCAGCAGCGGUUCCUCUUGGAGGCAGGCCGGGUCCUGAAGCCUUGCGGCUGCAUGGCUCUGCUUGGCUUUGGUGAUAACUUCAGACUCCAUUACGGCACAUGUGGGGACAGACUCACUAACAUCUGUGAUGAGUUCAAGAAGGUGCUGUUACCAUACACCAGCACACAGGUAGCAGUGGCCAACACCAAACUACAGGAGCUUUACACUGCUAUCCCCUUCCCUGACAAAGAGAGGAUUGAGUGUAUCCCACUGAAGCAGCAGAUCUCAGUGAGGAACAUAGUGGGCUUCAUGGAGUCCUUCUCCAUGUACCAGGCCUUACAGAGGGCCGAGCCUGAUGCUGCCACCGCACUGCUGCAGAGAACACUCGACAGGUUUCUAAAGGAGAUGGGAGUCACAUCACCAGACACACUCAUGGAAGUGACGCUGGAGUAUUUCUGUGUCCUGGCGUCUAAACCGGAGUGAACUCUUCACAGUGUGAAUGUGUUUGUGUGGAGACAGAUGUGUUUUAAGCUUGUGUUUAGGCUUGUUUGAAUCAUGUUCAAGCUGUUACUAGAAAUGUUAUUCUGUUCACAUAAGAUGUCAUUGAAGUCCCUUUGGUUUUGUCUGCUCUUUUCUAUUAUACAUUGUAAUGUAGAGCAAACUAUUCACCUUAAUCACAUCAUUACCAAAAUGCUUGCCACCUUUAGUAUCUUCCUUGCCUGAGAUUUACAAUAAAAUGUCUGCAGAC